AUGAACUUCGCAAAGUUCGGGAUCCAUGAUCUAUCUAACAUUUCCGUCCGAGCUACAAGCCCAGAGGUGGCGAUCACUUUUGAAAAGAGUGAUCAACUUGCCUCGUACUUCGGCAUGGCUGCUACGUGCUUGCUGACUUAUGACAUCAUGGCGACGUUUGACAAAGAAAUUCAUUACUUCUGGAAAUCUACUGGCCUCACUAGAUGGGUUUUCUUCCUGAACCGAUACAUUGGGUUUUAUGCCGCCUUAAUUAAUACGAUAUAUUUCUUGAACGACAAUCUCCCAUUCUCUGAUCGUCCGGUCGCCGAUUCUCGCUUCUGCGCGUUUGCAGCCUGGACUCACCAGCUUGCAGGAUGGAUGGGAAUUGUCUUGAUUGACGGGAUUCUGUUAAUGAGAGUAUUAGCUCUCUGUCCCGAUGACAAGAAGAUCGCUCGGUUCCUAGUAGCUCUCUUCGCAGCAGAGAGUAUUGUAUAUCUAGGUCUUUUACUUCACAUUGAAGUUGAAUACAGACCGGGAAUAAUUCACGUCCUCGAUCGCGUCUACUGUGGACUUGGUGGCCACUUCGAGAAGCAAGAAGCGACGGGCUACUGGGUCGUUCCGCUGUUCUUCGAAAUUGUGCUACUCACCGUAGCCAUCCGUAAAUCAAUCACCUACUGGGGCUCCCUCCGAGGACUCGGUAGAUUCAAGCUAGCAUAUAUCCUUCUCCGAGAUCAGAUCAUCUAUUUCGUCAUGUACGUUGAAUGCCAUCCAUCUGCGCUAGAAUCCAUAUUCAUCGUCUCGCCAAUCCGUACAGUGUAA